AUGCUGAUGGAAUUCGUGAUUGCUGCUCAGAACCAGCCGUCACCGUCUCCGGUAAGUCCCCCUCCUCAGAGGACUGUCAUUUCUGAGAUUGUUUUAUCAACUGCUCCUGUGCCUACUGCCAGCCAACCCAUUUCUUUUAUGCCUGCAGGAUUCCCUUGGGGAAUGCCACAGAAUUUCAUGCCAGAGGGGAAGUCUCCUGGUAAAGUCCCCGUUUUUCAUUUGGAUAACAUCUCCUUCCAUCUUGAAGAUGGAGCUGCGAAGUGGAAAUUUGUGAUUCAGAGAAGGGUAGCUGUUGAAAGGGAGUUGGGAAAAGAUGUUGGGCUGUUGAAGACUGUUGCUAGGUUCUCUCAAUGCUAUGAAGGUUUAGUGAAGGAAUUUAUUGUUAACAUUCUUGAGGACAUUUCUGAUAAGAAUAGCAAGGAAUUCUACAAGGUGUAUGUGAGGGGUAAGUGUAUAUCAUUUUCUCCUACCGUUAUUAAUAACUUUCUAGGCAGAGAUAAUGAGGGUGCUGGAGAACUAGAAGUUACAGACAAUCAGGUCUGUAGGGAGAUCACAGCUAGGAAGGUGAACGUUUGGCCUGUUAAAAAGCAUCUUCCUGCUGGGAAGUUGACUGUCAAGUAUGCUAUCUUGCACAAAAUAGAAGCUGUUAAUUGGGUCCCUACCAACCAUAUCUCCACCAUUGCUAAUACCCUUGGAAGGUUUAUUUUUGCUGUUGGAACAAAAGUGAAAUUUGACUAUGGUAGAUUUAUGUUUGAACAAAUCAUCAAGCAUGCAUCUACUAAUACAGUUAAGCUGCCAAUUGCCUUUCCCUCUAUGAUCUGUGGAAUUAUCUUGAAUCAAUACCCUGGUAUUCUGUGCUUUAAUGACUUACCUAGUAGAAGAAAACAUGCUUUGUCUGUGCACUAUAAACUGUUUGAAGGCAGCCAUGUCGAGGAUAUUAUCAUGACAUCAGCCAUGAAGAGGCCAACCUCAAAAGUUGGAACUAUUGUUGAGCUUAAGGAGACAUGCAAAGAGCUAGGUGAAGGGAUAAGGAUACCCACAGCUAAAAAACAAUCGUUGGAAGCCUUGAUUGCAAGCUUGGAGAAGGUUGAAGGUAAAAAUAUUGAUCAUGCUAAUAUCAGUCAUGAAGAAGAAGCUGGAGCCCACACCUCUAGUGAGAGGUCUGCUAACCAUGAUGAUACAAGUGGAAAUUUUGAUUCUGGUGUUGAUGAAGCUGCAAGCUCAAGCUCUACUGAGUAG